CUGUAUGCCCAUGGCGGGCUCGGGGGCGCGGCGGGUGAGCAUGCAGGAGCACAUGGCCAUCAACGUGAGCCCGGGCCCCAUCCAGCCCAUCCGCCUCAUCUCCGACUACUUCCCGCGCUGCUACCCCUUCGUGGGGCGCCCCCUGCACCCCACCGUGGGUGCCACCCGCCCCGCGUCCCUGCCGCAGCCUCUCCUGGAACCAGAGGGCGACUCCGACGACAGCACUGCCCUGGGCACCCUGGAGUUCACCCUCCUGCUGGACACCGACAACAGCGCCCUCCACUGCACGGCGCACCGGGCCAAGGGCCUCAAGCUGCCGGCGUCUGGCUCCCUGGACACCUACGUCAAAGCUGACCUGCUCCCAGGGGCCAGCAAGGCCAGCCAGCUGAGGACCCGCACGGUGCGGGGCACGGGGACCCCCGUCUGGGAGGAGACGCUCACCUACCACGGCUUCACCCAGCAGGACGCGGGUCGCAAGACCCUGCGGCUGUGCGUGUGCGAGGACCCGAGGCUGCGGCGGCGUCGGCGGGCGGCCCCCCUGGGGGAGCUGCGCGUGCCCCUGAGGAAGCUGGUCCCCAACCGUGCCCGGAGCUUCGACGUGUGCCUGGAGCAGCGCAGGCUGAUCAAGCGGCCCAAGAGCCUGGACACCGGCCGGGGCAUGGCCCUGUACGAGCAGGUGGACGCGGAGGCGGGGGAGGAGCGCGGCCGCGUCCUGCUGUCCCUGUGCUACAGCUCCCGGCGGGGGGGCCUGCUCGUGGGGGUGCUGCGCUGCGCCCACCUCGCCCCCAUGGAUGCCAACGGCUACUCUGACCCGUUUGUCCGACUCUUCCUGUACCCAAACGUGGGGAAGAAAUCCAAGUACAAGACCAGUGUCCGGAAGAAGACCCUGAACCCCGAGUUCAACGAGGAGUUCUUCUACGCGGGCCCCAGGGAGGAGCUGGCCCAGAAGGCGCUGCUGGUGUCCGUGUGGGACUAUGACCUGGGGACGGCCGACGACUUCAUUGGUGGGGUGCAGCUGAGCGGUCAGGCCGGCGGGGAGCGGCAGUGGCACUGGCACGAGUGCCUGGGCCACAGUGACCGCCGGCUGGAGCUGUGGCACCCGCUGGACGGGGCAGCCCUCCAGCUCUGCGACUAGCGCCCAG